UAUCAUCCUUCCUCAUAAAAUGUCCCACACAUGUAAGUCCGUGAUGGAGAGUGUAUGAUAAUAACUGAUUUAGUACUCUUGCUAGCAACCAAAUUAUAUGCAAAUCAUCAUCUGCAUUCAUUCAUCAUCACAAUUCACGGGCAGCAAUGGCGGAGGUUACUGCCGGCGUCGAAGCCCCAACGGUGAAGUCAAUAUUCGUGUACCCAAUCAAGUCGUGCGGAAGAAUCUCCGUCUCACAAGCGCCUCUUGCUUCAACUGGUUUCCGGUGGGAUCGACUGUGGAUGGUCGUGAAUUCAAACGGCAGAAUGUAUACACAGAGAGUAAUGCCAAAACUCGCUCUGGUUCAAGUACACCUGCCGCCUGAAGCUUUUUCACCUGGUUGGAAACCAAAUAAGACCUCGUUCUUAGAAAUAAGAGCACCUGGUAUGAAUGUUGUGAAGGUGCCAUUGGUCGAACCUCGUGCAAUGGCUAAUGGCAUCUCAGUGUGGAAUUGGAAUGGUUCAGCCUUUGACGAGGGUGACGAGGUAGCAGCGUGGUUCUCAAACUAUCUGGAGAAACCAAGUCGCCUUGUCCGUUUUAAUGAAGAAUCAGAAUCAAGGCCUGUAAUGUCUGACCUUUGUGUAGGCCACACUAUCAGAUUUUCUGAUGCAUAUCCCUUCCACCUCCUAUCCCAAAGUUCAAUGGAUGCACUAAAUUCCCAGCUUUCGGAACCUGUGCCUGUCAACCGGUUCCGACCCAAUCUCCUUAUUGAUGGCUGUGAACCUUUUUCUGAGGAUUUGUGGAAUGAAGUAGAAAUUAAUGGCCUGACGUUCAGCGCAGGUGAACUUUGCUGGCGCUGCAAGAUUCCCACAAUUAAUCAAGAUACAGCAAUAGGAGGAUCUGAGCCAAAUGAGACUCUCAAGAAUUUCCGGUCUGGCAGAGUUUAUGUGGGAACAUUUAUGGUCUGCUCAAAUGAUACUCUGGAAACUGAGAAGGAUAUCAGAGUGGGUGAUCCUGUUCAUGUGUUGAAGACAUUCUCCUCCUAUGCAGAGUGCCCAGUUUAGCAAUGUACACUUAAACCUCAAACAUGUACUCCAGUUGGAUUAAUGCUUGCCUUUUCACUCUUUUUUUUUAGAGUGUGAUGGAUGUUGUUGUAAAUUGUUAUGAAUCACCAAGACUUGAGUGUUUUUUAGACUGAUGGACGUUGUUGUUGUAAUAAUCUCCAAGGCUUGAGUGUGUUCAAUCACGUUAACUGCCUUUUUCUUGUUAUCCUUUGAUCAAAAUUUCUAAAGAUGCCAUGGAAUUUUUAUAUUUAUUUUGCUGGCAGUAAAACGCAAAACGAAAUGCGCAACUGAGUGUG